AUGAAGGUUUAUCUACAACAUACCCUCUUGGGGUUGGGUCUAUCAGGGCUAAGCCUAGCCGGGGUUGCGGGGAGAGACAUUGAGGUUAUACGGUUCCACAGUCCCGGGGGUGUAACCACAGACUCCUUGCACAACAUUCACGUCGAGUUCCUGGAUGCGCAGUUCGAAGGUCACCUGCAGCUUGUCUACGGGGAAUGUGGGAUCCAAGAUCCGACGCAGAGUCACCAUGAGAUCGGGAGCACGUUCGUGGAACGCGAAGCUCAUCCGGAGCGAUUCGUUUGGUCCACACCGUCUGAUGCACCCCAUUCGCACUGUCUGCAUGCUUUCUCCGGAUCGAGACUUGUGGGCCGCUCUUCGCCCAUCAUGGUGUCAUCGCCUAUCAAGAAGCGAGAGAGUAUCGCCGAUGUGGCCGAUGCCAUGGGACCGUGGUUUGACGGAGUUGCUUACAUGAAGUCAAAGAAGAAUAGCAAGGCAUUUGUUUCCAAGGCGAAGAAUACCUCUGUUGCUAUCCUUGGCGGUGGAAUGUCCGGCUUGAUGACGAGUCUGCUGCUCGAGUCUGUUGGUAUCCAUGACUGGCACAUCUAUGAAUCAUCCGGUCGAGUUGGUGGUCGUAUUCGUACCAAAUAUCUCAACAACACCACUCCCGACCAGUAUCAAUAUCAAGAGAUGGGACCAAUGCGAUUCCCGGUCAGCAUCACCUAUGCCGACACCAAUGAGACGCUUGAAAUCCAAGAUCAUCACAUGGUCUUCCAACUCGCCGGUGUUCUCAACAAGAUGAACAAAGACAAGCCAGAUCUCCAGGUCAACUUUAUUCCUUUUAUCCAAAAUAGUCCCAACGUGCCUGCAGCCUCUGGUGGCAACCGUCUCCCCAACGGGCGAAUCCCCACUGCGGCCCAAGUUGCGGCCAACUCCUCGCUAGUCUACACAGCACCUUCAUCUAAUGAAACAGCUGUCGCAGAAGCGGAAGCCGCUUUCGACAACUACACCACAAUGAACAACCGGGAAACAAUCCGCAAAAUCGCAACCAACAUGUACCAAGCCCACAAGCAAGCGGUAGAGGAUGGCAUGUUCCACUGGUCCGAGGCCGGAUAUUUGAAAUACGCACUCGGCUACGACUCCAAUAUAACCGACUACGUCGCCGGCACAGAGUCAACUCCAAUUUGGGGCGAUCUCUACGAUGACGUCUACUUCGCAGCCACUAAAUGGCGCACCAUCGACAAGGGUCUGGAGUCUCUUCCUCGCGCAUUCUAUCCCCACGUCGCAGAAAAGACGACCCUCAACCGCACAGUCUCAGGACUGGUGUACAACGAGACAUCCGGUAAGGUCGCCGUUGCAUGGCGCGACGAUCCGUUCCAGAUGGUGCCAGAAACAAAGGAAUACGACUACGCCGUCGUUGCUGCACCAUUCAGUAAAGUCAGACUGUGGGAUCUACCCCGGUACUCAUCACUGUUGAGCCGGGCUAUCUCGACCAUGAACUACGACCCCGCUUGCAAGAUGUCGCUGCUCUACAAGACGCGAUUCUGGGAGCACUUGGAAGAGCCCAUCUUCGGUGGAUGCGGAUCAGUCGAUAUUCCCGGCGUUGGAAGUGUCUGCUACCCCUCCUUCAAUAUGAACGCGACUGGACCGGGUGUUAUUCUCGCAUCAUAUAUCUCGGGAACCCCAGCUCGGUCGACAGCCGCGCUGAGCGAGGAUGAACACGUUGCGCUGAUUCACCGCGCGAUGAUUGAGGCCCAUGGCGACAUUGCUGCUGAGCAGUUUACCGGUGUUUACAAUCGCCAGUGCUGGGAGGUUGAUCAGCAUCAGGCUGGUGCCUGGGCCAGUCCACUUGUUGGGCAGCAGGAUUUGUAUUUGCCUGCUUACUACCAGACGGAGUUCAAGACUAUCUUUAUUGGGGAGCACACUAGUUAUACUCAUGCUUGGAUCUUCUCGGCGUUGGAUUCCGCUGUGCGGGGGACCACCCAGCUGUUGCUUGAUCUUGGUUUGGUUGAUGAGGCCAAGGAGAUUGUUGAGACUUGGAUGGGAAGGUGGAUUAAGCUGUGA